UGUGAGCCGCUGCCCGAGCCCUGGGGUGGGGGUGCCGGGCAGCUCAUGAAGAAAAUGGCCCAAACUACUGCACCAGCAACAUCCAUUCGUGAUAAGGAUUUCUCUGAAAGCAGAAUGGUGAUUACAUUCCUCAUGUCAGCACUUGAGUCAAUGUGUAAAGAACUUGCCAAGUCCAAAGCAGAAGUUGCCUGUAUUGCUGUGUAUGAAACAGAUGUGUUUGUAGUUGGAACUGAGAGAGGAAGAGGCUUUGUCAAUUCUAGGAAGGAUUUUCAGAAGGAUUUUGUUAAAUACUGUGUUACAGAAGAGGAGAGGGCUGCAGAACUGCAGGAAACAAAGACUAUACCACCUAUAAAUAGACUGCCAGUGGAUACUGUGGAACUCGAAGCUCUCAGGAAGUCUGUGGAGGACUUUUUCUGCCUUUGCUAUGGUAAAGCUUUAGGAAAGUCAACGGUGGUACCUGUGCCAUAUGAGAAGAUUCAGAGGGACCAGUCUGCUGUGGUAGUGCAGGGCCUGCCUGAAGGACUUGCAUUUAAACAUCCAGCAAAUUACAACGUUUCAACCCUCAAAUGGAUUUUGGAAAACAAGUCAGGGAUCUCAUUUGUCAUUAAAAGGCCUUUCCUAGAGCCAGAGAAACACCUAGGAGCUGCUAUGACAGAUCCGUCACAAUCAAUUAUACCUCCAGGUGGAAGUUGUACUCCUGUUAAAGUGAAGACAGAACCAAACGAGGACUCAGGAAUUUCUCUGGAAAUGUCAACAGUAACAGUGAAGGAGGAACCAGAUGAUCCUGAUUACUAUCAAUAUAAUAUUCCAGGCCCUUCCGAAACAUCAGAGGUGGAUGAAAAAAAUGUUCUUGCAAAAACUUAUACAGGAAGCCACCAGGGUUCCGAUUGCAGAGAAGGAGCAGAUGAGGAAAUGCCAGUAGAAGAUUCCUCCCAGCAAACCCCUUCAGAAACGAGUGAGAAUCCUGAGGUCGAGGUCACUAUUGAAGAUGAUGAUGACUACUUGCCCCCUAACAAGAGACCAAAGAACACUGAGUCACCUAAUGAAGCUGCCAGUACUGGGAGAAGAAAAGUGAAAGAGUUCAAUUUUGAGAAAUGGAAUGCGCGAAUUACAGAGUUGAGAAAGCAAGUUGAAGAGCUGUUUGAGAAAAAAUACGCACAAGCUAUAAAAGCAAAAGGUCCUGUGUCCGUCCCAUACCCACUCUUCCAGUCACAUGUGGAAGACUUAUACGUGGAAGGGCUGCCAGAAGGAAUUCCCUUCAGGCGGCCAUCCACCUACGGCAUUCCCCGUCUUGAGAGGAUACUUCUAGCAAAGGAGCGGAUCCGGUUUGUGAUUAAAAAGCAUGAGCUUUUGAAUUCAACACAAGAUGCGCCAUUGGACAGACCUGUUGCAGGAGAUAUGUUGAAAGAGGAGUGGCUUGCCAGAAUGACCAAACUGAGAAAGACGGUAGAUCAACUCUUCUGUAAAAAGUUUGCCGAGGCCUUGGGGAGCACUGAGCCUAAAGCUGUUCCAUACCAGAAAUUUGAGGCCCAUCCUAAUGACCUCUAUGUCCAAGGGCUGCCAGAUAACAUCCCCUUUAGGAGUCCUUCCUGGUAUGGAAUCCCUCGCCUAGAAAAAAUCAUUCAAGCGAGCAACAGAAUAAAGUUUGUGAUCAAGAGGCCAGAGCUUCUAAGUGUCUCUUCAACUGAAGUUAUUCAACCCAAGUCAAACACCCCAGUGAAAGAAGAUUGGAAUAUCAGGAUCGCAAAGCUAAGAGCGCAAGUAGAAGAGAUAUUUAAUACGAAGUUUGGCCAAGCUCUGGGGCUUUCAGAGGCAGUGAAAGUUCCCUAUCCUGUAUUUGAAUCAAACUCUGAGUACUUGUACGUUGAAGGCUUGCCAGAAGGAAUCCCCUUCCGGAGUCCCACGUGGUUUGGAAUUCCACGCCUUCAAAGAAUUGUCCGUGGGAGUGGCAAAAUCAAAUUUGUUGUUAAAAAGCCUGAGCUUGUCACCUCCUAUUUGCCUCCAGGACUGGCUAGUAAAAUAAACACUAAAGCAAUGAGUCCAAAUUGUUCAAAAGGAUCACAGAGUCCUGCGGGUAACUCAACUGUUCCAGAGAUUGAAGUUACUGUUGAUGAAGGUCCUAAUAAACCACAAACAGCAGAUGCUGGAACCAAUUCUCAGACCAAUGGGUCCAAUAUGACUUACAAGCCACGAAGAAAAGAGUUUUCUUUUGAGGCGUGGAAUGCCAAAAUCACUGACUUAAAGCAGAAAGUCGAAAAUCUUUUUAAUGAAAAAUGUGGUGAAGCUUUGGGGCUGACUGAACCGGUGCAGGUGCCAUUUGCGUUGUUUGAAUCGUCCCCGGAGGUUUUCUGUGUGGAAGGACUACCCGAGGGGGUGCCAUUCCGCCGACCUUCUACUUUUGGAAUUCCAAGACUAGAGAAGAUCCUGAGAAACAAAUCUAAGAUAAAAUUCAUUAUUAAAAAGCCUGAGAUGCUUGAGGCAGCUGUUAAGGAAAUUUCUGCUAGAAGCCCCCAAAGUAAAAAUAAUUCAUCAAAUAAACCCGAUACAGCAAGCACCCCAACAAACACAGUGGUGAACACAGCGGUGAACACAGCUGCAGGUGUUGAAGAUCUUAACAUCAUUCAAGUAACUAUACCAGAUGAUGAAAAUGAGCGACUGUCAAAAGUGGAAAGGGCCAGACAAUUGAGAGAGCAAGUCGGUGAUCUUUUUAGCCGGAAAUUUGGUGAAGCCAUUGGUAUGAAUUUUCCUGUGAAAGUCCCAUACAGAAAAAUCACCACCAACCCUGGCUGUGUGGUGGUGAAUGGGCUGCCUCCUGGUGUGGCAUUUAGAGCUCCCAGUUACCUGGAGAUCAGCUCCAUGAGGAAGAUUUUGGAAUCCGCAGAGUUUAUCAAAUUUACUGUCGUUCGACCAUUUCCAGGACUUGUGAUUAACAAUCAGCUGAUGGAAAAAGCUGAAGCAGAAGCACCACCAACAGCACCAACAACGGCACCAGCAGCACCAGUACUACCAGAGCCAGCUGACCCAAGCCAAAUGGAAGUGUCUGUAAGAGAAAUUACAGAAACAGAAGAAAAUCCUCAAAUAAAGCAAGAGCCAGACCCAACGUGGUAGACCUCAUCAGUGCUGGGUAAGAGAAUUUAGUCUAUCUUGAAGUCAAUACCUUUUAAGGUAGGAUGUUUUUUGUCAUUUGGGGUAUCAGAAGAGGUCUGAGAUACAGGACUGAAUGCCAAAAGGUACCAAUUCUUAUAAAUUAUGUCAUUUGUCUCAGUUCUCAGCUAUAAAAUGGAGGAUGUUUUCAGUACCUUACCCAAAUGCCAUGUAAAACACACUGCUCAGAUUUGGGAGGCAGGCAGCCCUGGCAAAAUGUGGCCUAUAAGGAAAAAUGGGUGAUGGUAAUUACAUUGCUCAGAGGCAGAAUAAAUGAAGGCUUAGGGAAUUAGUGUUUAUGAAGAGCUCUGACACAGUUAUGUGAAAGAGCAGCAUUAUUGUUGGUAUUUCCAAUGUAUUUCCAAACCGUAACUGAGCAGGAAAGAGAAAAACUGCACUCUAAUUGCAGUGUUGUCUAAGCUUGGGACACUUGGUAAGGCUAUUAGCUGUGGUGACAAACCAGCUUCUUUAAAAGGUUUUUUUUUCUUUUCCAUUAACUUUUAUGAAAAGCUUAGUUUAAUUUACAAUGCAGAAAUGUCCAAAAUUUUUUGUUACACUAUUUUAAACUCCACAUAUUCCUAAAACUGACAUUUUGAUGGAGGUGGAAAGCAGUACUAGCAAUGCUGACGUGUCACCAGAUGUAAAAGGCUGACCCACAUGGUUGUGAGUCUGCUUCAUUCAGAGAAAAUGCCAGUUUUUAGCUACCGCAGCUCUGUCAUGCUUUCUCCUGUUUCAGUUUUUAGAUAAUAUUCCAAACCAUGUAUUUUCCUCAUUGUGUAGUGUUUGAUACUUCACUAAUUUGAUGUGAUUGGUACCAAGUUGGCAGCAUUUCUUUAGUACACUUGAGCUGUAAACACUCCAGUUUAGUAAGAAAAGGACAUGGUAUUUGUCUUGGAGGUCUGGGAACUGUAACAGUUCUGAGGGCACAGACAGCCCACCCACAAAACCAGGCUCUGGGUCUUUAUCACUCUCAGCUGCUCAGGCCAGCAGAAAUAAUGUGGUUUGCCCUUCACAUGAGGCUGUGGGUAGGGGAGCUGGAGCCUGCAGAUUCAACUCCUGGAACCAUGCAAGUUUUGAAGACUAGGACACUCUUGGCCAUGGCCCUUUGUCCAUGCAGGAGAUGGGAUAAGUGGCUGAAGAGACAAACCCAGACAUGAUUUGGUAGAAACUUGCAGAGGCUGAAACAGCU